GUGGGUUGAAUGUGAGCAUGCGCAGUGUAUCGACCACAAACACGUGUUGCGAGUGGCGGUAGUAGUGAAGAUCCCAAAGCUUCGCUGGCCAUUAGAGCGAUUUCGUUUGUUUAUUUGCUAAACUCUAUACAUUUUCUGUUUAGUUAAAUAGUACUGUCCUCCGUGAAGCUCUUGCCGAGAGGACCCGUGUGUUUAUAAGUUAGUCACCGGCCAAAUCACAACAAACACAAUGACUGAAGCUGAAGUGAAUCCGAAAGCCUAUCCUCUGGCAGACGCCACGCUCUCCAAAACCAUCCUGGACCUGGUGCAGCAGGCGUCGAACUACAAGCAGUUGAGAAAAGGGGCCAAUGAAGCCACCAAAACUCUUAACCGUGGGAUUUCUGAGUUCAUUGUGAUGGCGGCUGAUGCCGAACCUCUGGAGAUCAUCCUGCACCUGCCGCUGCUGUGUGAGGAUAAGAACGUGCCGUAUGUGUUUGUGCGCUCUAAACAAGCUCUCGGACGUGCAUGUGGAGUGUCAAGACCUGUCAUUGCCACAUCAGUCACCAUCAAGGAGGGAUCGCAGCUGAAACCUCAGAUUCAGUCUGUGCAGAUGGCUAUUGAAAGACUCCUAGUUUGAGCUCAUACUUUUUACACUUUUGUUUUCAGGUUUUAUAAAUGAUCUUUUUGUACAAUCCCUAAGGUUUUUUCCCCCUUUUUGUUAGAAUCAAACAAUGUUGAGUGUGUUCCUCAGCAAUUGACAGCCGAAAUAAAGUUUGGUUCAAAUCAAA